AUGGCUGACUUCUUGUUACCACCGGGUACUAACAGCUUCCACCGGUUCACGCCUGAAUCCUUGGCUGCUAUUGAGAAACGAAUUGCGGAGAAGCUUGCAAGGAAUGCAAAGCAGGAAUACAGAGAGCAGCUGGGUGAAGAAGAGAAACCUCAGCCUCAGUUUGAUUUGCAAGCUUGCAAGAAGCUGCCCGAUAUCUAUGGGACUGUUCCUCCAGAGCUCAUUGGGGAGCCAUUGGAGGACCUUGACCCUUUCUACAAUGAUCGUAAGACAUUUAUAGUACUGAACAAAGGGAAGACAAUCUUUCGAUUUAGUGCCACUCCUGCCUUGUAUAUACUUAGUCCUUUCCAUCCAGUCAGAAGAGCAGCAAUUAAAAUUUUGGUACAUUCAUUGUUCAGUAUGUUCAUUAUGUGCACUAUUUUAACUAAUUGUGUGUUCAUGGCACAAUCAGAGACUCCAUCAUGGAAUAAAUAUGUUGAGUACACUUUCACUGGCAUUUACACUUUUGAGUCAUUGAUAAAAAUAUUGGCGAGAGGAUUUUGCAUGACAGAAUUCACCUUCCUUCGAGAUCCAUGGAACUGGCUGGAUUUCAGUGUUAUUGUUAUGGCAUACAUAACUGAAUUUGUGGACCUGGGCAAUGUCUCAGCCUUACGAACGUUCAGAGUACUGCGGGCGCUGAAAACAAUCUCAGUCAUUUCAGGGCUGAAGACCAUUGUAGGGGCACUUAUCCAGUCUGUUAAGAAACUUGCUGAUGUGAUGAUCCUGACCGUUUUCUGCUUGAGUGUCUUUGCCCUCAUAGGCCUCCAGCUCUUCAUGGGCAACUUGCGACACAAGUGUGUCAGGGACUACACCAAAUUUAACUCCACCAAUGGCACUUUGUACUUGGAUGGUAGGAUGUGGAACACCUCAGACGAAUUUCUUAGUGAUCCAG